UCUGCUGAUUCCCAUUAUUGAUUGAUGUGAUUCCCUCCUGUCCUGCAGGUGGCGUCCCCAUGCGCAUCUACAGCUGGCGGCAUCACAACCAUCCCUUCAACCUCAACUUCCUGGAGGAAGUGCUGCGCUGGAUCGGCAUGAACGAGGUACACAAGGCCAUCACGCUCUUCCUGGAUACGGUUGCUAAGCAGCCCGGCACUCCGUGGAUACAGAGGAGUCUGUACAGAGAGAUGCUCUUCCUCACACUGGCUGCCAUGGGCAAAGAUCACGUCGCUUCGUUUGAUAAGCGUUAUAAGGCAGCGUACCAUCGCUUGAGCAGUUCUCUGGGCCGAGAAGAACUGAGGAGGAAGAGAGUACAGCCGCCCGGUCCUAAAGCCAUCGACUGCAGACGCUGCUUCCUGCUGCCGCUGGAGUGCUGAUCACACACACACACACACACACACACACACACACACUCCGCUUGUCUCGUCUUGCCGUCGUCUAACCGCUUCUUGAAGAGGAAACGCAAAACACAGUCUGAGCGCUUCUGCAGAUGCAUUGCAUUAUGCUGCUGUGCAUUAUGGGAACACGUGAGCCUUUCACUAAUAACAGCAAACUGACACCCGGCCGCCCCUCGGAAGAUUUAAUAGGAUCUAAUGUGGCGUCUGAAUUUACCUCGUUUAUUUCUCUUGGUUUUAUUUCAUGGAACUCAAAGAUGAAGAUUCCGGUUGGGAACGCCGGAAGGCAUCAUGGGAGUUUGAGAUGAUCCUGCAGUGGAGUGAUGUUUGUGUGAGAUGUUUCCUGACCAGCAGAUCCAUCGUCUCUGUUCUGGACAGAAGAGUUGCUCAGUAAACUAG